UUGUCCCUCUCUUUCUCCUCUUCUCUCUCAUCACCAGCGAAAGCUUUCGCUGAGGAAGAGAGAGAGAGAUCGAUCAAGCACAAGCAGAAACCAAAACCAAACCCAAAAAAAGCCCUAACCAGCAAAAAUCCCAAUAUUCUUCUUUCAGAUAAUGUAAUUCGGAUAUUCGGAUCCGAUCCGAAUCGCCUUCUUCCUUAGUUUGCCGGCCCCCACCAAAACCUUCCGAUUCCGAUUCGGCGAGUUGACACGCCAUGACUCGGAGGUGCUCGCAUUGCAGCCACAAUGGGCACAACUCAAGGACGUGCCCUAACCGCGGAGUGAAGCUCUUCGGGGUCCGAUUGACCAAAAAAAGCUUGUCCGACGGGUCGAUCGGGAAGAGCGCCAGUAUGGGAACCCUCAGCCACUACGCCGGGUCGGGUUCGACUCCAGGCGGGCCCAACGUCCCUGGAUCUCCCGGAGAGACUCCGGACCACGGCGGAGCCGCCGACGGGUACGCCUCGGAGGAUUUCGUGCCCGGGUCGUCGUCCAGUAGCCGCGAACGGAAGAAAGGUGUUCCUUGGACUGAGGAAGAACAUAGGAUGUUUCUACUUGGAUUACAGAAGCUUGGAAAAGGCGAUUGGCGUGGAAUUGCACGCAAUUAUGUUAUAUCAAGGACACCCACUCAAGUGGCCAGCCAUGCUCAGAAAUAUUUUAUUCGGCAGACCAAUGUAUCCAGGAGAAAAAGACGAUCCAGCCUUUUUGAUAUUGUGGCAGAUGAAUCAGCUGAUGCCCCAAUGGUGCCUCGAGACUUCUUGUCUGUCAACCAACCACAAAUGGAACUGCCAAACGAGAACACAUCGCUUGAUCCUCCUGCUAUCGAUGAAGAAUGUGAAUCGAUGGAUUCUACUAACUCAAAUGAUGGAGAACCCGUCCCUUUGAAUCCUGAUAGCUCACAGACCUGCUACCCUAUAAUUUAUCCUGCGUAUGUCUCACCAUUUUUCCCAUUUCCAAUUCCAUUUUGGUCUGGAUAUGAUAAUGGCACAGAACAAAACAAGGAGACUCAUGAGGUGGUCAAGCCAACAGCAGUUCAUUCAAAGAGCCCAAUCAAUGUCGAUGAGCUUGUGGGCAUGUCAAAACUGAGUUUAGGAGAUUCUAUUGGUAAUGCCGGUCCGUCCCCCCUUUCGCUGAAGCUUCUCGAAGGUUCGUCUAGGCAGUCGGCCUUCCACGCCAAUCCAGGCUCUAGCAGUUCAAACAUGAAUUCUAGUGGCAGUCCAAUCCAUGCAGUUUAACUGGAAGUGAUUUCUGAACUAAGAUUGUAGAUCAACCAAGUGGUGUGGAUGAGCACUACAGGUUGUUGUUAAUACAAGACUAAUAAUAUGUGCAGUCUCGUUUGGGUUUCAGUUAUAUUUUCUCGUGGGAUCAAAUUAAUAAGUUUAGUUAUUUUUUUUUUUGUUUAAACUUUAUUUAGGUUUCUGUUUUUACUCUUUAGGCUAUAGUAUCUUUUUACUACAAGUUAUUUAAUCUGUUAUUUGCUUGUGCUUGAA